GAGCGCGCAGCGACAUGCGUGUGACUGCCCUCUCCAACAGGUGUAAGAAGUGCUGUUUCCUCUCAGAGCGUUUUCAACGCAAUAUCAGCACGAGCUGUCGGGGGAAUAAUGGAAAUACUUGGGUUUUUUCUCAACAUGUCGUAAUUCUUGAAAUAAGGCGAAAGCACCAUAAACUGGACCUUUGUGCGCUACCUUGAGGAUUUACGCAUGGAGAUGCGUUCACUUUUUAUGGGUGUUAUCCAUAAAAGUUCUCCUUCUUUUGUUUUAAUUAACUGAUACAUUAGAGGAAGAGCGGUUUCGUCCUGCUGCGGGAUCUCCACCACCUGCUCUUCAUAUAUGGGAGUCUCCUCUUCUCCAACGUCUCCGAUUGGCAUCGAUCUGAUUGAUAGCUCUUGAGAUGGACGCUGUUUUCAGAUAUUAAUAAUGACCGUCGCGUUGAGAUCGCCACACUGAUAACUUGGGCUCAGCUGAACGUCUGAACUGGUGGACGAUGAAGACAGUUUCAUAUAUUCUUGCUGCGUUGAUCAUCUGGAACUCAGCGUGAUGAAAAAUGAAAGGUUCGUGUUACAACCGUACCGAAGGUAACAGAUGACCUCAGCCAAUGUCCUCCAACUUUUGUUUUGCUUCAGCAGCCUGUGUAAGAGGAAAACAAGAACAUUUUCUGGAGCCCCCCGAGUCCCCCUGGGCUCUGCAGUCUUUGGCAGAGGAGGAAACACACUUGCCCUGUCGAUUCAAUGUAUCCAACAGUGAGAUUAAGGUGGUGCAGGUGAUGUGGAUUCGAGAAAACUCAAAUGGAGGCGAAGAACAGAUAAUCACUGCUCAUUUCAGCGAAGGCCAGACAGAAAGCCCUGCAUACACGGGACGCGUUCGAUUCGCCAGCAGCGACCCGAUAGCAGACUCCGCUCUGAUUCUCAUGGGCACGCGCUCUGCAGAUCAGGGCAAAUACAUCUGCAAAAUCGCCACCUUCCCCGCUGGAAACUUUGAGACCCAGAUUUCGGUCGCAGUAUGGACUAAACCCAUUACGUCCCUGCAGUCGUUCAUCCUGGUUGAGGGCCAGUCAUUUCGCCCGGCCGCUAUAUGCCGUUCGGUGGCUAAGCCCAUGGCGGGCCUCUCCUGGGACACGGAGCUCGCGGGUCAGAGUCAGAACCGGAGCUCAGAUGGUGAGGUGGCCUCCAUCCAGUUUUCCCUCCACCCUGUCCGUAACAUGAACGGGCAGAAGCUGGACUGUCUGGUGUGGCAUCCAUCUCAAAAAGGCCCAAUGAGGAUCUCCAAUAACCUUGUAGUACACUACCCUCCGAAUGCAUUGAUAUCUGGCUACGAGGACGACUGGUAUGCUGAAAUGCAAGGAGCCACGCUGCAGUGCAGCGGUCAUGGGAACCCAGAACCUCAGAGAUUCAACUGGACGAGGAAAGGUGAAGCUCUACCAGAGGGCGUGACUGUGAAAAAAGGCACCCUGCACUUUUCCAGACCCCUGAGCUUGACAGAUCAAGGAGUGUAUGUCUGCACCACCACCAAUGAGGUGGGAUCCGGAAAAGCUGAGAUUCUAAUAAAUAUAUCAGAAGAAUCUAUAAAGAAAGGAUCGGUGAACUACUUGAUGAUGAUUAUCAUUGCUGGUGUCGCUGCAGUGAUUGUUCUCACUCUCAUCAUAGUGAUCAUUUCAGUAAACCGCUACUAUAAGAGCAAAAAUCAGCAACUGGCUAUAGAGCUGGUUGCAAAAAAGGAGGAAAUCAGCACUCUGUCAAGACAAGCCUCAUUUAGAAGAGUCAACUCAGGAAGCACAGACAACAGAUACUCGGAUGACAAUAAUCCUUUAAGAGUCGAAGGGACGAUUCGCACAAGUCUUUCUUCACUGGAUCGUCCUCGCUCCAGGGACAGUCGGUCCACGCUGGGAGGAGUCGACUCGCUCGGUCGCCCCGCAAUUUAUAACACGUCCAGAAGAGGACGAGACAGACUGAUGGACAGAACUGAAAAAGAAGCUCGCUUGAUGAUGGAGUCUUAUGAGCAGGACAGUAAUGUGUCACAGGAAACCCAUCUUCUCCCUCCUCUCCACCCCUCUUCUUAUUCAAUGGAGCAGGCUGUUGAAAUGGUGCGCUCUCGGAACGGCAGCGCCAUUCUCCCAGCAGAGGGGAGGCCGCAGUCCGGAGGGAGUAACCGAGGGGGCAGCCGAGGGCAUAGCUCACCCUUAGUGUCCAUGUACCCGACUCUUACGGAUGAGGAGGAGGAAGAGUCCGUUAGCCCGACGGAUUCAGGAGUCCACAGAGGCUUGAUGGAGCCGGACGGCUUUGAGAACGGAGGCAGCGAGACGGCCAGCUCUCAGAUAUCCGAAGCGCUAUCCAGUCAUUUCGAGCGCACUAACGGCACGCUCCGGCCCAAGUCGAAGCCCAAUAACAUCCUGCUCCCGGCCAACGCGACACUUUUCCUCCCGCCGCAUAGCCCAACUAUCCACAAAGCUCAGAUCGUUUAGAGUGCUCGUAUGAACUUGUCUGUAUAAACACAGCUGAUAUUACAACAGAAGGACGUGUUCCUCUGUAACGUCACUCGACGAAAGGCUCUUUCUGGACAAAUAACCCCAAAAUGGACCUUUUGUAUGAACUUACAUGAGUUCUCAAGGUGGCAAAAACAUGGACCGAAUGGCCAGGACUCAAACCUGAAAAACAAUGCAAGCAUUACUCGAACAGUCCCCCAAAUAAUUGUGUAAUCUGGAAACGGGACGCUUGAGUAUUACGGGUCACAACGUGUGUUUCAGGUGCCGAUCACUGGAAUCCACCAGAGCUGAGCUCCUCUGUGUGACCAGGAAUGGAAUUUAAGAUUUUUUUUUUAUUAUUAUUAUUAUUGCAACCUAAGGCUUCACUUGAAUUGCUGAGGGAGAAAAUACUACAUGAACUGUUUUCUGGUUAGUUAAUCCUUCACUGUGACUUUUUGACCUUGAUGUCUUAAAUCCAGAGAUGUACAAAUGGUGUUCUGAAUUUUUUUUUUUUUUUAAAAAAAUAUAUGUGUAUAUUGUGUAUUUUGACUGGAAACUACCCACUGCAUGAAUAGUAUUAUGAAGUAUUGCGUACCUUGUUUCGAUGGCUCCUGCAUGUUCACAGAAUGUCAUUGUCAUUGUAGGAGUGACACUGUCAUUGUUUACAACAUUUAUACUUCAUUAUAUGUACUAGAACUUUAAAUGUAUUUUGUUUUUAUAAGCGGGCAGUGUUACCGCAAUCUCAUGAGACAAUCUUGUGACCUUCUAACAAAAUAUAAAGCCACGGGUCCUGAUGGUGUGUUCAGUUUAGUGCAGUGUAUGGGGGUUGUUAAAUCAACUGUAAUUAUACUGUAUGUAGACAAUGUAUAUUAUACAAUGUUAGUUGAAUUUCAGAAAACACAAUGUUUGAUACGUUAUUGUUUGGUGCUUUUCAGCCUAAUUUUAAACAGGGCAAUCAGCUAGAUGUCAGCUAUAUUUAACACCAAAAUGUUGCAAUAAAACUGUGGGUACUGUGGUAUUAGCCACCAAGGUCAGAAAAUUUUAAUAAGCUAAUAUGGCGUUUCGCAAUAUUAACAAUAAGUUAAAUAACUACUGUGUUAACGGCGGCAUUUUGGUGUAAGCUACUACCUUGGUACGUUUUUGCAAACUGUCUCCCACGUUGCUGAAACAGGAACACAUUCAUGAAUCAUCUUAGGAACGUUUAGUUUGACUUUUAUUUUGAAUUUCAAUUUCAGCCUGCCUGUCAGUGACAUAUUAAAAUUGUUAUAACGCUGUAAUUCUGCAUAAAACCUAAAGUAUAAAAUUUAAAGUACUCAAACUUACUAAAACUAAAUUUACUGCAUCUGAAUGUGGAAGAGGGUGAAAUAAACAUUUGAUACCUUGGAAAUAAUUGA